AUGGCAUCCAAUCCUCUGACCCUUCAGAAACGACGAAUCAAAUCAAGUUCGCUCAGCAACGUUGCCCUGUACUUGAUCCAUGAUGGAAGUGGAACGAUAGCCAAUUAUACCAAGCUGGGCAAUCUGGACUGUGAUGUCUAUGGCAUCCAGGAUCCGCAUUUCGCAUCGUCGCAACCAUGGGGUGGCGGCGUGGUGGAAAUGGCGAGGCACUAUGUCUCGCUCAUUGAGAAAACAACUCCGCGGGGCAAAGUUGUUCUAGGAGGAUGGUCAUUUGGCGGCUUGAUAGCGUUUCAACUCGCGUACGAGCUGAGAAACCACACCACGCUACAGGUUCAAGGUGUACUUCUCAUGGAAGUAAUCUACCCCUCCCUAGCCCAAGCCGAAGACGACGGAAGCGCGUGGCCAGGCCUCUCUGCCAUCCGGAGCCCAGCAGUUCGGGAGAAGGUAACGAAGUCCAUAGUGCAAAGUGGAGCCAUGAUGAAUGCUUGGAAACCGCCAACGUGGCAGCCGCCGGCGGCCUUACCGGCAGUAGUACUUCUCCGAGCGAAAGGCAAAGAAGUCUCCGAGAACCCACAUGCAUUGCGGUUCAAUUCAUUAAGAGACCAGCGUUUUCUUGGCUGGGAAGAUUACCCGGACGACCUGAUCACUAGGAUGUUCGAAAUUGAGGGGUCGCAUUUGACUCUUUUUGAGCAAGAACAUAUCUAUUCCCUGACGGCAACGACGAAGCUUGCUCUCCGGUUUUUCGAGACCGAAGCUGGGGUUUGA